AUGGUGCAACUCAUCUUCCUCAUUCAAUGCCCCUGCCCAGUAGCACAGCUGAGUAGUUUCUCGGGCAGUCCGCAACUGAAACUGAGCAGGCUCCAGAGGUACACAGUGUCAUAUAAAAGUGGCGUCCUCCUCUCCCUGGAGCAGGCAGCGUAUGAUAACCAUACAGAAAAUCCAGAAGCAUUUAUGAAGUUUUUGGAGGAAGCAGAGAAGCCACUGUAUAAGGGAUGCAAACGUUACACAAAGUUGAGUGCACUUGUAAAACUAUACAAUACCAAAGCAAGGCAUGGGAUGAGUGAUGCUCUAUUUUCAGAUCUACUAGCAGAUUUUGGGGGCAUGCUGCCAGAUAACCACAAUCUGCCAUCGUCAAUUUAUGAAGCAAAGAAGACGUUGAGUUGUUUGGCUUUGAGUCAUGAAAAGAUUCAUGCUUGUUCCAAUGAUUGCAUCCUUUAUAGGAAACAAUAUAAAGACUGCGUAAGCUGCCCGAAAUGUGGCUUAUCAAGAUGGAAGCUAACCAAGAAAAAUGUUGAGAAGGUGUUCCUGCCAAAGUGGUUUGAUACUACAAGAGUUGUUGGUCAGUUACGUCAUCCAGUUGAUUCACCGUCAUGGAAAUUGGUGGAUCAUAUGUGGCCCGACUUUGGAAGUGAGGCAAGAAAUAUUCGCCUGGCACUUGCAGCCGAUGGAAUUAAUCCUCACAGCAAUCUUAGUAGUCGUUACAGCUGCUGGCCAAUCAUGCUGGCCACAUAUAAUUUGCCUCCAGACAUGUGCAUGAAAAGGAAAUUCAUCAUGCUAACGAUGCUCAUUUCAGGGCCGAAACAGGCUGGAAACGAUAUCGACGUCUACCUUGAGGUUCUGGUUGAUGAUUUGCAGCUGUUGUGGGAAGGAGUUGAUGGAGUUUAUGAUGCUUAUCGAAGGGAGGUUUUCACUCUUAAAGCAGUUCUUUUAUGGACCAUCAACGACUUUCCUGCAUAUGGUAACCUUAGUGGAUGUACUACACAUAGUUAUUACGCAUGCCCAAUAUGUGGUGAGGAUACUUAUGCAAAGCACUUACAAAAUGGGAAGAAAAUGUCAUUUGCUGGGCAUAGACGAUUCCUACCACGAUUUCAUCCAUAUCAGAGGCAAAUAAAGGAGUUUAAUGGCAUGGAGGAACUUGGUGAAGCAGGUAGGCCAUUAUCUGGAAUUAAGUUAUUUGACAAGCUUUCAGACAUAACAUGUGAGUUUGGAAAGAAAACAAGUGUGAAGGGGAAAAUAAGGAAAAAAGCAAAGGAGAAUAUUGUGGAAGACAUUGAAGAAGAAAAGUAUGUUGGAGUUACAAAUUUCAGUAAAUGUUGGAAGAAGAAGUCAAUUUUUUUCAAUCUUCCAUACUGGAAAUACCUACAUGUUAGGCAUUGUCUCGAUGUUACGCACAUUGAGAAAAAUGUUUUCGAGUCUCUGAUUAAUACUUUGAUGAACAUCAAGGGAAAGCCCAAGGACAAUGUGGCAGCUAGGUUAGACAUGGUUCAGAUGGGAAUUAGGCCUCAAUUGGCUCCUAAAAUUGGUGAGAAAAGAACAUAUCUACCUCUUGCAGCAUGCUCAUUCACAAAAAAUGAGAGAUUACAAGUAUGUAGGUCAUUAAUGGAUAUAAAAGUUCCGGAAGGUUUCUCAUCAAACAUGAAGAAUCUUGUCUGCAUGGAUGAGAUGAAGCUGAGUAGCUUGAAAUCACAUGAUUUUUAUUACUUGAAUGCAGUUACUUGUAUAAGUACUUGA